GCCCCAGCCCCAACCUCUGGAUCCAGCCGGUGCCCCUGAAGUCACCAUGACGUGGCUCCCACCAGCCACCUGCUAUCUGUUCCUGCUGUUGCUGCUGGGCCAAGCCCCUUCCAGCAGGCCACAGUCAUCAGGUUCCAAGAAGCUCCGGCUGGUGGGUCCAGCAAACAGGCCAGAGGAGGGCCGCCUGGAGGUGCUGCACCAGGGCCAGUGGGGCACUGUGUGUGAUGAUGACUUUGCUCUCCAGGAGGCUACUGUGGCCUGCCGACAACUGGGCUUUGAGUCAGCCUUGACCUGGGCACACAGUGCCAAGUAUGGUCAAGGGGAGGGGCCCAUCUGGCUGGACAAUGUGCGUUGUUUGGGCACCGAGGAAACCCUGGACCAGUGUGGAUCUAACGGGUGGGGUGUCAGUGACUGCAGACACUCAGAAGAUGUUGGGGUGGUGUGCCACCCACAGCGCCAUCGUGGCUACCACUCUGAGAAGGUCUCCAAUGCCCUUGGGCCCCAGGGCCGGCGGCUGGAAGAGGUACGGCUCAAACCCAUCCUCGCCAGUGCCAAAAGGCACAGCCCAGUGACUGAGGGGGCCGUGGAGGUACGGUACGAGGGCCACUGGAGGCAGGUGUGUGACCAGGGCUGGACCAUGAACAACAGCAGGGUUGUAUGCGGGAUGCUGGGUUUUCCCAGCCAGGUACCUGUCAACAGCCACUACUACAGAAAAGUCUGGAGUCUGAAGAUGAAGGAUCCCAAGUCUAGGCUGAACAGUCUGACAAAAAAGAAUUCCUUCUGGAUUCAUCGGGUUGACUGUCUGGGAACAGAGCCCCAUUUGGCCAAGUGCCAGGUACAGGUGGCUCCAGGAAGGGGCAAGCUUCGGCCAGCCUGUCCAGGUGGCAUGCAUGCUGUGGUCAGCUGUGUGGCAGGGCCCCACUUUCACCCACAGAAGCCAAAGUCCAGGCGCAAGGAGUCCCGUACAGAGCAGGAGCUGAAGGUGCGCCUGCGCUCUGGGGCUCAGGUGGGUGAGGGCCGUGUGGAAGUGCUUAGGAACCGCCAGUGGGGCACAGUCUGUGACCACAGGUGGAACCUCAUCUCAGCCAGCGUCGUGUGUCGUCAGCUUGGCUUUGGCUCUGCCCGGGAGGCUCUUUUUGGGGCCCAGCUGGGCCAAGGGUUAGGACCUAUCCACCUGAGUGAGGUCCGCUGCAGGGGGUACGAGCGGACCCUCAGUGACUGCCUUGCCCUGGAAGGGUCUCAGAAUGGUUGUCAACAUGCAAAUGACGCUGCUGUGAGAUGCAACAUCCCUGACAUGGGCUUCCAAAAGCAGGUGCGCUUGGCUGGUGGGCGCAACCCCGAAGAGGGAGUGGUGGAGGUGCAGGUAGAGGUGAAUGGAGUCUCCCGCUGGGGGACAGUAUGCAGUGACCACUGGGGGCUCAUGGAAGCCAUGGUCACCUGUCGACAGCUUGGUCUGGGAUAUGCCAACUUUGCUAUCAAGGACACCUGGUACUGGCAGGGGACACCAGAAGCCAAAGAGGUGGUGAUGAGCGGGGUUCGCUGCUCCGGCACAGAGCUGGCUCUUCAGCAGUGUCAGAGGCAUGGGCCUGUGCACUGCUCCCACGGCCCCGGGCGCUUCUCAGCUGGAGUUGCCUGCAUGAGCACUGCUCCAGACCUUGUGAUGAACGCCCAGCUGGUCCAAGAGACAGCGUACUUGGAGGAUCGUCCGCUCAGCAUGCUGUAUUGUGCCCAUGAGGAAAACUGCCUGUCCAAGUCUGCUGACCACAUGGACUGGCCCUAUGGACACCGGCGCUUGUUGCGCUUCUCCUCACAGAUCUACAACCUUGGCAGGGCUGACUUCCGUCCCAAGGCUGGACGCCACAGCUGGAUUUGGCACCAGUGCCACAGGCACUACCACAGCAUCGAAGUCUUCACCCAUUAUGACUUGCUCACGCUCAAUGGCUCCAAAGUGGCUGAGGGGCACAAGGCCAGCUUCUGUCUAGAAGACACAAACUGCCCUACAGGAGUGCAGCGGCGUUAUGCGUGUGCCAACUUUGGGGAACAGGGGGUGUCUGUAGGCUGCUGGGACACCUACCGGCAUGACAUCGAUUGCCAGUGGGUGGAUAUCACAGACGUGGGUCCCGGGGAUUAUAUCUUCCAGGUGGUUGUGAACCCCACAAAUGACGUGGCAGAGUCAGAUUUCUCCAACAACAUGUUGCGCUGCCGCUGCAAGUAUGACGGGCAGCGAGUCUGGCUGCACAACUGCCAUACAGGAGACUCCUACAGACCCAAUGCGGAGCUCUCUCUGGAGCAGGAACAGCGGCUCAGGAACAACCUGAUCUAAAGCCAUUACUGCACACUCCCAGCUCUGCUCACACACCAGAUACCUCAGCUUACUGGAGCCAUGCCCUUCACAGAGCCCCAACUCACAGGACAAGGGGCCAGUGACAAGGAGCACCAAGAACCUGCUCAGGAAGCCUUUUGAUGGCCAGAUCACCACCCCGGAUGGCAGCAGUCUCAGGAUGGCUCUGGGCCUCUUCCAAGCACCUAUGGCCUUGAAGCUCUGGCCAGCUAAGCCUUCUUUUCCUUAAGGAGACUCAAUCUGUCUUAAAACUUCAUGUACAGUUCCCAGUUUCAGGAGCUCUAAGUUCCUUAGGGACGAACUGUGGCCAAGACCUCCAUCUAAGUGGUGCUUUGUAAAUGUCUUGGAGGAACAGAAGACAGAAGACCAAAGAACAUUAGAAGUGGAGUCAGUUUUCUGUCACGAGCUCUGUGCAAAAACAAGUGUGUCAAAGUCACACCUGGCAGACAAGUUGGUGAAUGCAGUCCCUUACCUUAUCCCCACUUAGCCUCUCCUUCACUGUGUCACACAGGGGUGUUUCUAAUACCCUGGACCCUCAGGCCUCCCUCCAUUUCCUGAUGGAUCAACAUCCCCAAUUCCUGGGGCUGGGGCGGGAGGCAAGUUUCACAGAAGUGGCAAGACAGGGCGUUUCCCACAGAGCAGCGAGAGAUCAAGAAGACAGCCGAGGUCACAUAAACUCAGUCUGUCAGGACCUCUGCCAAAGGAGACAACAGUACAUCCCACAUUCAGCAGGCAGUUCAGUCUCUGUUAGGAGCACCCUCAUGUCAGGGUUAGCCGUCCAGUCUCUGUUAGGAGCACCCCCAUGUCAGGGUUAGCCUAAGUUUCAGACUGAACCAAGGCAAGAAACUGGCCAAUCAAGCCACUCUGCAGGAACACAAGACAGGUCUGGUAGCGUUAGGAAAAGAAGACUGGGGAAACCAGAAGUGAGAACACUUAAUUGAGUCAAGGACUGAGCCUGGGAAAGGCCGCUGCCCACGUGUGAGGUGUGCUCCAUUCUUGCUCAGGUGGUGUAAGACCCCAGGGUCUUCUUGGGCAUGCCUGGUUGUUUCUCCACUGACAUGCCCACAGAUGACCCUUCUGGGUCUUCAUAAUGCCAAUAAAGUUUGCUCAUUGUGGACUGCUACAAAGACCAGACCAGA